AUGGCGACACAACCCACUUCUUCGUCGUCUUCUGGCGGGUCGGCGACGUACGGCUACUAUGAGACGUACCCGGUGGGGAUGGUGCCAGGCCCGACGAGCGUGCCGCAGCACGUGCGCGAUGCAUUUGCGAUCGACUACGCGAGCGCGGAUCUCGAGCUCCCCUUCUUCGAGCUCUACGCGCACGUGCAGACCCGCCUCGCCGAGUUUCUGCGUGUCCCCUCCUCGUCCGCCUCAUCUUCAUCUUUGCCCUACGAGAAUGAUGUCAUCAUCCAAGUGGGCGAGGGCAUGCUGGCCCUCUGGUCCGCCCUCAAGAGCACCAUCAAGGCGGGCGACCGCGUACUCGCCAUCUCCAACGGUGUGUAUGGCUCGGGCUUCGCGGAGAUGGCCAAACAGAUCGGCGCUGACGUGCGCGUAGUGGAGUUCGAGUACGAUCAGCCGCUGCACGACUUUGGCCGCAUCGCCGAAGUGGCUCGAAGCUUCAAGCCGCACCUGAUCACCGCCGUACAGUGCGAAACGCCAUCAGGGAUGAUGAACCGCAUCGCGCCGCUCGGCCGCAUCGCGCGCGACGUCGACGCGCUCCUCUACGUCGACUUUGUCUCGGCCGCGUUCGGCGCCGACGUGCGCGUGGGCGAGUGGGACAUCGACCUGGGCCUCCUCGGCAGCCAGAAGGCCCUCAGCUCCACCCCCUCGCUCAGCAUCGUCACCGUGAGCCCGCGCGCCUGGCGCAAGAUCGAGGCCGUGGCCUACGUCGGCUACGACGCGCUCCUGCCCUGGCGCGGCGCCCUCGCCCGGCGCUUCUUCCCCUACACCUUCGAUUGGCACUCGCUCGCUGCGCUCGGCCGCGCGCUGGACGCCGUUGCCGCCGACGGGGGCCUCGAGUCGCAGCUGGCGCGGCACAGCGCCGUCGCCGCCUACUGUCGGCGGCAAGAAGAUGAUGAUGAUGACGGUGGAGUGGGCUUCGCGUCGACGGUCACGGCGAUCUACGUGCCGCUGGGACGCGGCGGCUUCGAGUCGUGGGCGGCGUUCGACGGCGCCCUGCGCGCGCGGGGUCUGGUGGUGGGCGGCAGCUACGGGCCGCUGCUCGAGGGCAAGGUCUUCCGGCUGGGCCACAUGGGCAGCCAGGCCGACAUGGCCCUCGUCACCCGCGCCCUCGACCUCCUCCAGUCCGUCAUCUCCACCUCCACACCUUCAUCUUCAUCUUCUUGA